UCUGACCUGGCCGACGACCCGCAGGCCCCAGCCUGGCGUUCGUCACCUACCCUGAGGCACUGGCGAUGCUGCCAGCCGCCCCCUUCUGGGCCGUCCUCUUCUUCUUCAUGCUCUUCCUGCUGGGCAUCGACAGCGAGUUCGUGCAAAUCGAGACGGUCGUGUCGUCGCUGCUGGACGAGUUUCCGCAGCACCGGCACCGCAAGCCUCUCAUCACUCUCGUCCUCUGCAUGCUGAUGAGCCUCAUCUCUCUAGCCUGCGUCACGCAGGGCGGCAUGUACGUGCUGCAGAUACUCGACUGGUACUGCGCCUCCAUGUCCGUCAUCCUCGUCUGCAUCUGCGAGUGUAUCGCCUUCGCCUGGAUCUACGGCCCUGGGAAGUUUGUCCGUGACGUGGAGUUCAUGGCGCAGAGACCUAUCGGAACCUGGUGGAGACUUUGCUGGAACUUUAUUACGCCCAUCGUCCUGAUCCUGAUCUUCAUCACAACGCUGGUGUUCAACACGCCGGUGAACUACCGCGACGUGGAGUUCCCGGCCUGGGCGCAGGGCGUGGGCUGGCUGUCGGCGCUGGCAUCGCUGCUCAUGAUGCCCGGGUACGCCGUCUACCUGCUGGCCGUGACGCCGGGCACGCUGGCCGAGCGGCUGAAGAUCUGCAGCCAGCCCACCGACGACUGGGGACCGCGCUCGACGUCACCGCACGGAGUGGGAGGAGUACAAGGCCAAGCACCCCGCCGCACCUGCUAA